AUGUAUUGGCGAAAUACGUGGUGGGAAGGUAAAAUUUAUCCUUCUUGUGAAGAUAUUACGUUAAGUGAAGGUAUGCUUGUUUCACAUAAUUAUGACGCUCCCGUUCAAUAUAUUCAACAAGCUAUUUACAGACAAAUAUGUUAUGAAAAUAGUAUACCAGUAUUAAAUACAAAUGUUGGAUUAGUUAUUGAUAAAUUUUCUCAACCAUUACCUUUAGUAGCUGAAAGUUGGGUUCAAUUUACAAGACAUUCAAUUAGAGGUACUUUUAAUUAUAGUGUUGUUUCUAUAAUUUAUGCAAUAAGUGUAUCGGCAGUUAUAAUAUGGUUUUUGACUAUUUUUGUUUUAACAAAUUAUACGGUAAAACCAACUUGGUUAUUAAAAAUGUCUACUUUAUUAUCAACAGUUUAUAUUGCUGUUGUUGUUAUAAAAUCAAUUAUUAUUUUACAUAUUCAACAAAGAGAAGGUUAUUUACAUGGUGCUAAAUUGUUAGAUGAGAUUAAUAGUAAUAAAGCUGUUAAUAUUAUAGAUUUGAUUGUGGUUUUAUUAUUACAAAUAAAUCAAGUACAAGUUAUCAUGAGAAUAUUUCAAAGACAAAAAGAUAAAAGAUUAACAUUUUUCGUUGGUUUAAUUGCAUCAUUAACUUCACAGGUAAUUUGGGGAGUUUCACAAUUUUAUUUCUUUGAUGAAAAUAAUGAAGCUGGUGAUAUUUUACCAGCAUUUAUUUAUUUGGUUAGAAUUGCAAUGGCUUUAUGUUAUGCAGCUAUUAUUACAGUUUACUUUAUCAGUAAAAUUAAAAUAAUAGUAGCUAAUAAAAAGAUUUGGCUUUUAACUUUAUUAACAUUUAUAUUAAUUUACCUGCCUGUUGCUUUUUUUAUUGCUGAUGUUUCCAAUGCAUUUGUUUACGAAUUAAGUGAAAUAUUCUCAGUUGUUAAUUAUGUCAUUGGGGUAGUUAUACCAUGGGAAUGGUGUAAUAAAUUUAAUUUAAUUAUGAAAAAGCGUGAGAAAGAAGGGGUGUUAGGUAGAAGAUUUUAUGAAGAUGAACUAUACGAGCUCGAUAGAUUUGAAUUAUUUGUUAAACAAGAUGAAGAAAAUCACAGCAGCAAUGACGACGAUGAUGAUAAUACUUCAACUCCAAAGGAAACUGAUCUUAGUAAUAAAUUCUUAAGUACAGUUGAACGAACUAAACAUGCAUUUUUAGCUUUAACAGAUACAAUUAUUGCUGCUGGUUUUGCAAUUCCUAGAUCUGUUUCUGUUUCAACUCAAUCAUUAAAAAAUAAAAGAGAUGAAGAAUUUAACAAUCAAGAAACAAAUCAACAUUUAAACAAAAUUGAUAAUGCAACUAUGAAUCAAUUGGUUAAUACUGAUUCUAGUACUGUUGCCACAUCAGAAAAUAAUGUCACAUCAAUUAAUACUCAUAGUCGAAAUAGAAGAAAUGUUUAUGUUUAUGCUAGAAAAGAAGUAGUUUUAGAAGAUAGUUCAAGUGAAAGUUAA